GUGGAGUGAGUGAAGCGAUGCAAGUGGGAGCUUCUUCACCUUGUAAGCUCCGCUCCGUGUACGGACGAGAAGCUGAAAAUCUUGGGCGUAGCUUGCGCGCUGCUCCAGGCUCCGCCUCUGCUAUCUGGUUCCUUUUUCCUUUUUCUAAUUUUCAAAAUCUUUGUUCUUUUUUACAAUUUGUCGCGUGGUUGCCGGGUAAUCAUAAAAAUAGGAACCAAAUCGAAAAAAGAGGCCUCCCUCCUUUCUUCUUUCUUUCUUUUCACCCCAAAUUCGCUACAAUGACUACCUCAAAGCGCCUUGCUGAUAAGAAAGUUGCCAAGUUUCAGAAGAACAUUACAAAGAGGGGAGCGGUUCCUGAAACCUCUACAAAGAAAGGAAAUGACUACCCAGUUGGGCCUAUUCUGCUCGGUUUCUUCGUGUUCGUGGUGAUCGGAUCAUCCUUGUUCCAGAUAAUUAGAACCGCUACAAGUGGUGGGAUGGCUUAAGGGAAAUGGCUUCGCGUGAAACAUGAAAGUCUUGUACCUGUAGUACACUAUGCGUUGAGCAUAGUUAAAUACCAUGUUAUAAACUCGAGUUGAAAGUUGUAGCUAUCUUGUUUAAUAAAUAAAUGGCAGUGCCUUUUUUUAA